AUGGCGGCCAACAACAUCGUCCUGAUCACAGGCGCUAACACAGGUCUGGGCCUCGAGACAGUCAGGUCUUUACUCCAGUCACCCGGCAAAACAUACACAAUCCUCCUGGGCGGCCGGAGUCUAGAGAAAGCCACUACCGCGGCGAGGCAGGUCAAGGACGAGUUCACCCAAAGUCAAAGCGUCGUGACGCCCGUGCAGAUUGACGUCGAGGACGACCAGUCAAUCAAUGCUUUGUUCGAGAAUCUGGAGCAGCACCAUGGAAGGCUGGAUGUGCUGAUAAACAACGCCGGCGGCCAGCUCGAGCCAAAAAUGUCCUCUGGUGAACUCACCAUGCGCCAGAUGUGGAACAAAUCCUGGGAUGUCAACGUCACAGGCACGUACAUCCUCACGUACACACUCAUCCCACUCCUCCUAAAGUCCUCUGACCCUCGCCUCCUUUUCAUCACAAGCGGGACUGCCACUCUCACCGAGAGCACAAAUCCGGCAGUCAUUGUCAAUCAGUCCCCCGGGGAGAAGGGUUGGCCCAAAACCAACCGUGGCCUCACUGGGCUGGGGAUUCCGGCAUACAGGGCCAGCAAGACUGGAAUGAACAUGAUGAUGCGCGAGUGGGUUAGGGUCUUGAAAGACGACAAUGUCAAGGUGUGGUGUGUGAGCCCCGGCUUUCUGGCAACGGGACUUGGUUUUGGCAACCCGGAGCGAUUGAAGCAGCUGGGUGCAUUGGAUCCGAGUGUCGGAGCCGGCGUGGUGAGAGAUGUAGUAGAUGGACUGAGAGACCAAGAUGUCGGGUCUGUCGUGCGGAAAGACGGGGUCCAGCCUUGGUGA